GGGGCGGCGGGCGCGCGCGCGGGGCUGCAGUCGGAGCCAUGGCCGGGGUAACCACCAUCGAGGCGGUGAAGCGCAAGAUCCAGGUGCUGCAGCAGCAGGCGGACGACGCGGAGGAGCGGGCGGACCGUCUGCAGCGCGAGGUGGAGGCCGAGCGCCGCAACCGCGAGCAGGCUGAGGCAGAAGUUGCAUCCUUGAAUCGCCGUAUCCAGCUGGUAGAGGAGGAGUUGGACCGAGCCCAGGAGCGUCUUGCCACAGCUCUGCAGAAGUUGGAGGAGGCAGAGAAAGCUGCAGAUGAGAGUGAAAGAGGCAUGAAAGUGAUUGAAAACAGAGCCCUGAAGGAUGAAGAGAAGAUGGAACUGCAGGAGAUCCAGCUCAAGGAGGCCAAACACAUUGCGGAAGAGGCUGACAGGAAGUAUGAGGAGGUUGCCCGGAAACUGGUGAUCAUUGAAGGAGACUUGGAGCGCACUGAGGAGAGGGCUGAGCUUGCAGAAUCUCGUUGCCGGGAACUGGAUGAGCAGAUUCGAUUGAUGGACCAGAAUGUGAAGUGUCUGGCUGUUGCUGAAGAAAAGUACUCUCAAAAAGAGGAUAAAUAUGAAGAGGAAAUCAAGAUCCUGACAGACAAACUCAAAGAGGCGGAGACCCGUGCAGAAUUUGCUGAACGAUCAGUAGCCAAACUGGAGAAGACCAUUGAUGACUUGGAAGAGCGCCUGUACAGCCAGCUUGAGAGAAAUCGCCUGCUCUCUAAUGAGCUGAAGUUAACGCUGCAUGAUCUGUGUGACUGAGAAGGUGGCCCACUAAUGACACUAAACAAGCUUAUUGUGAGCACCAGUGCUGUGGACCACAGUGAAAUCUGAUCAUUCUUAACAGACUGGCAGAUUAGCAGAUUUUGUGCAAUUACUGCUAUUUAAUGAGGCAGCUAAAGUCUAUCCUCUAAUAUACUUAUUUUUUCAAAAGGUAACCUCUGUUCUCCAUGCAUAACCCUCCCCAGGACUGUAAUUCCUCCUAAGUCUGAUCAUUCUGGGCAGUCUCACUGAUAGUGCAGUGGGGAGUCCCUGGGGGCUGCUGUUCUGGCUCUAACAGUCAGGUGUGAUGUGGGGGCUUGGCUAUAUUGGAGACCUGUCUGUUAGAUGAGUUGCUGUAGAUGCUGCUUUUGACAAUAUCCAACAUCUGUAAGUGCUGUGACUGACCAACUUACUGUAUGCUGAAUGUCUGUAGGAUGUCCUGCUGCAUGGGUUGAUGGCUGUUUCUAAUGAUAAUAAACCACUGACCUUGUGGUCUGUAAGACAAAAUGAAAACUUGUGCUGCUUUCAUAAAGCCAGGCUCCAUCCAGAAGGCCUGUGGAGAAGCCUGGUCACUGUUCAGACCAUGUGGCCUGGGAUGUGGAGAAACCUCUUGGGAGUGAGCUGCUGUUGUCCAAGGACUUGCUGAGUUGGAGGCUGUGGCUGCUGUCGCUGUAGUGGCAAAGCCUGCAUAAGCUUGGAAUUAUCCCCCUUGAGAGCCUGCUCAGGGGAAAGGCUGUAGAUCCUGUGGUCCAUGUCUCUUGGGCAGAGCUGCCUCUCAACAGCGUGUGAAGUGGUCCUGCAUGUUACGUCAGAGCCACUCUUGGAAUAAGGCUGAUCCAGACCACUGGUCAGCUCUGGGAUAUAGACUUUUCUGGCUUCUGUAAUGCAUUUUUAGCCUCCAGGGCAGACUUACAGCAUCCCAAGCUCUUGCUAGCCCACUGCCUGCUGUUGACCUAGAAUAGUCUCCCCUUCCUCAAGCUCUCGGCCACCCUGAAGAGGCAGUGUGUUUAGAACUGAGGCUUGCUGUCCAGUCUGGCUAUUAGCAGGUGGUCCCAUGACCUUUCUGACCAGGCUGUUAACAUCUGCCAUGUGAUCCCCUGCAGGGGAACCAGUUAUGCUGUGGCUGAAAGGAAUUGCCCAUUAUGUUAUGGCUUGGGUUUGCAGCAGUCUCCCCAAGCUACCACUGGGCAAACAAAGCCGCUAUCUGGGUUUUGAGAUCUGGAAAUGUAAGAGGCAUAAUGUUGAAGCAAUGGGAGAUCUGGGGGAGGCUAGCUUCACUCUGCCACAUCUGCAUGCCAAGUACUGACUGGAGAUCUUGCUGCUCAGGAAGCACCAGCAUUUCAAGAGGCAGAGGCCAGGAACAACACGGGUAACUCCACAGCUUAUGGCUGCAAUUGGCCCUGCAUCUGAAGUCUGAGGAGCUAACCAAAGUAGUGUGCUGGGAAAGAAUGAAUGCAGGUCUCAGCAAGGGCUAUACCUAUGUGACUG